UCCGUUUGUUCUCUCUGUUCUUCUCUGACCUUUCUGCUUUUUCGACUGUGCCGCUCAGGCUCAUUGCACUAAUAGCGUAAACUUUAAUGACAAAUAGUACUAGUUAAAUAGAUUUUUUACUUCGAUUAGUGAAUUUCAAGUGCUUUUUUCUACGACGUCUAUAACCAAAGGGUCGAAAAUCAGAAAAAAUUCACGAAAAAUCUUGUUAAGAGCAACAAUGUCUUUCAACCGUGGAGCCAAGAGAAACUCGUUUGGAGGUAGAAAUUUUAAUCGAAACAGCGGCGGAGGUGGAGGAGGUGGAAAUCCUUCAGGGCAUAAUAACAUGGGAGGCAGUUUGAUGGGUAACUUGGGUGGUUCUUCGGGUGGAUCCGGCGGAGGUGGAGUCAAUCCUUGGGAAAGUGGAAUAAUGCCGGGCAGAGGAUUGCUCCCAACCCCAAACAACAAUCUUUCUCUGAGCUCUCCACAAGCUCAGCUUGUCAUUGCGAGCAAUCUUCUGAGCAAUCUUUUGCGAACUCAACAAGAAGUCCAGCCGCAGUUGCCUUCCAAAAAGGUGCCGUCAUUGCUGAGUUUGGGCAACACUCUCAAUGGCCCAGGGCCCAAUUUUGGCGGUCAACAGAAUUUUAGUGGACCAGGAAGAUUCAAUGACAGGCCAAUGAGACACCCCAUGAAGAAUCAACGUCCCCAACCCUACAACAAGAUGGGCAAUCGAGCCCGUGACGGUGCCGCCGGGCGACGUGGCCCAUCCGCACAACAAUCUCGUGCGCCCCAGUCCGCCAACCAGCGUAGCAAUGGAAACCAAAAUCAGCAUCGCAACGAUAAAUCUUCUAAAGCAAAUCCUGCCUCUAAACAAAAUCAGACCGCCAAAAAGGAACAACAGGAAGUUAAGACCUCUGAUAAAGAGAAGGCAGAAACACACGUCGCGAAAAGCGAUGAAAGCGAAGCAGGCGAAGAGAAAAAACGCGACUGGAAGGACGAGAAAAAAGAGGGUGAAGUUAAGGAGAUGGAAACAACCGAAACUGAGGAGCAACCACCGAAGGAAUCAGCCGCCGAGAACACCGAAACCUCAACAACUGCUGAUAAAAAAUCUGACGACAACCAAGGGGGUGGCAAAAAGUCCGCUACGAGACACGCUGAGAGUCGUUAUGCUGCUGUUCCCAUGAACCAAAUGUUUUGCCACGUUUGCAAUAAACACAUGUGGGAUGGAUUCUCAUUCGAAAACCACUUGCGCGGUCGUGCUCAUCAACUGAUGAUGGAAAAAUUGGAUGAGUCUUAUAAGCUUAAAGUUGAUCUCAUGAGACACGAGCUCAGAGUCGUUGAGGAACAGCGUCAACUUAGUUUGACCAACUCUAAGCGCCGUGGCAAGAAGGUAUCGGUUGAUUUGAACGUGCGUGAAUACUGCACAAUGUGCGACCUUAACUUCUUCGGUACUCUGUCGAGUCACAGAAAGAGCGACAAGCAUCAGCAGCUCAAGAUUUUCCUUCAUCCUCGUUGUUUCCCGUGCAUGAAAGAGUUCCCUUCAAGAAUCGAAUACGACGAGCACUGUCUUACACCCGGUCACAUGAAGAGUAACGCUCAAAGCGAGGAGCAACGUAAAAACAAGAAAAAAGAUAAACUAUCGAAAGGAGAAUCCGAAGUGCGGACUGCUGAAGACGAAGAAAAAGAUGCUGGCCCUGAGCCUAAAUCCACUGACAAGGAAGAAGAAUUGCCAGAGAAUACAGAAUACAUAACUGAUUUUACCGAGGAUAUGACACUCUCGAAUUAUCGAGUCCCUUCGCUCAAACAUUGCCGUCAAAAUCAAAUAUCGAUCGGUAAAUCUAUGGUGAAGGAAGUCCAAGGCUGGCAUUGCGAAAAAUGCCGUCGUUUCAUGCUCAACGAAGCGGAUAUGGCGGCGCAUCUUCGUAGCGCCACGCAUUACCGAAACUUCGUGCAAGAAUUCAAAUCAUUGACAGCUGCAGCCGAAGCUGCGACCAAGGCCGCCUCUGAAGAAACAUCAAAUGUAAAAGAAGAGACGAAAGAAGAUGAGGACGAUGAUUAUGAGAGUGACUGGAAGCGUCGCAAGGUCGAUCACUCCAAGGACGAGGAUGAAUCGAUGAAAGAAGAGUCGGCGGAGGUUGACAACGAUACUUCUGUAGUGUCUAAAAAAGAUGACGGCGAAGACAAGUACGAUCCGUUGGAAGCGGACGCUGAUUCACACGACGAAGCUGAUGAUCUCGAAAAAACGGUAGAAACCGCAGAGAAUAGUAUGGUCACCGAGAACACGGAGAAGGGAACGCCGGUCGAAAAAAUGUGGGCGGAUAUCGACAACGACAACGAUCCGGAAAUUGGUAAUUUGAUCGAUGACGAUAUGGAGGAAAAGGAAGAAAUCGAAGAAUCAGAAGUCCAAAAACCAGAAGCGGAAAAGAAAGUUGAGGCGGUUGUUCCGGUCGUAGAAGUGACACCGAUCGUUGAAAAAUCACCUGCCCCUCAAACGAAGUCACCGCCGCCAACCACGACGCCCGUGGCAGUCAACACGCCCACCACGAAUAAUUCAUCGGCGAACAACACACCGCAAUCGAAGUCGCCACGUGGUGGUCGUGGUUACAACCGUGGUCGAGGUUCCCAACGCGCCCGAAGAUCCAGACGAUAAAUAAAAAAUAAUAAUAAUAACAAUAACCAAAUUCACCAUUGCAUCAAAAAUGGUGUGCCCCACGUAAUUUCUCGGCCAAAAAAUGUAUUCUAUCAGAAUUUCGGUAUAUUCCGAUUCGGCAAGAAUCUUUGAACAUUCAGACACUUAGAUUUCACGAACAAUGGUUUUUUUUUUAAUAACGCCAAAAAUUCACUUCAAAUUAUUGUACAUUCAAACUAUUUUUGUCGAAUUUUAUCGAAAUUUUGGUCGAUUCAUUCAUUUUAGCUGAUGAUAUGCCUCUUCAGAAUCCCUGAGGAUUAAUCAUUGACUUAUAUCGACUGAUUUGUGGAAUUGACCCUUUUGUAUACAGCUUUGAGUCGUUGAAAUCGAGAAAAUUCAUUAUUUUUUAAUGGCUGAAAUUUGCUAUUAUUUGGGUCGUGUGAAUUGGUCCACCUGGAAUGGGUGUUCGUUUUUUUUUAACUUACGAACUUGCAAUAAAAAAUGUUGAAGAAAGAAUUAACAAGAAUUAAGGAAACUCGAUUGAUGCAAACUUCAAUCGAACUCAGGAAGGAAAUAAAUAUUCCUUAUCGUGUCAAUGAAAUAUUGAUAAAAAUCUUUCAACUUUUUAGAGCCAGAAAUUUUAUGAACUUGUUUCUUAUAUUUCAUAACGAAGUCAAUUCCACAUGACGAAUACUUAUUAACUGGGUAAUCGUCAAAUUACAACUCCCAAAAGAUCUUUCUAAACCAAUUGUUUAUAUCGCUUAAGGAUGACUCAACGUUCAGUCCAAUUUCAUCCAAAACUAUCAGUGAACAAUAAAAGAAACUAACAAAAACCGACUUUUGUUACCGAUUUACGCGCGCAUAUUCAUUUAUUAUUGAUCGAUUGAUGCGUUGACGUGAAUAAUCCAUAAAACUUUUGUAGACCUUAAGAUUUUCAUUCCAGUAAACGAAAAAGUAAAUAAAUGAAAACCACGUUGUAAAGAAAAUGUUUUAUUUUUUUCUUGUCACAUUCUGUAACAACGAGUGAUAAUAAAACAGUAAAGAGAGUCAAUA